AAACGGACUCCUGCAACCUUGAUCACAUGAUCAGGUGUGACAGAGAUACCUGCAGGCUAGGUAGGUAAGGUUGGCUGAAAAGAUCUCCUGUUCCAGUCAUGCCACUUUUAUCAGUAGCUAUAUGCUGGCUUGUUUCUCCGUUGGGAUGCAAAGGAUGGACUAAAACGUACUUCCAAUGAAUUGCCCGGUUUUAUUUAGAGAUCCCUGUCUCUCACUCCAUAUUCUUCAAAUAUUUUGACAAUCUUUCAAUUUUCUUUACCAGAACGAAAAUAUACAUCUAUUUUUUUUUAAAUAUAAUACAAUGACUAUAAAACAUCUACGUGUGGAAUGUGACCAGAAGAAUGGGACAACGGGAGCGUUUUCUCCAGGGGAUAUACUCUUUGGAAGAGUCAUGGUGAUGGCCGAUAAGGAGACCAAGGUGCAAUGUUUAAUUGUCAAAGCAAAAGGAAAAGUGGAGGUGAAGUGGCCUGAGCAGCAGGGGAACAGUCCUCCAGUGGUCAUCAGUGACAAGAAGAGAUACUUUUAUUUUGAAAAGAUCCUUCUUCAGGACAAAAAAGCAGAUGGUUCUGUUAUCAUCGGACAAGGCGAAAAUUCCUAUUCAUUCAGCUUUGAUAUUCCAAAUAGAGAUAUGCCUUCGUCUUAUGAGGGGAAAUGGGGGAGCAUUACAUAUAGUCUGCACACAAAACUGACCCAGACAGCUUGGCAAGUAUACAAAGCCAAGACUCAGUUUCCGGUUUUAACAAAGAAUGAAUUCCCCUUCGGCUCAAAGUCAGAGAUGAUUAUCAUAGGACUAAAGGAGCCACAGUGUGCCACCAGGAUUUCAUUCUGUGGCUCUGGAAAAGUCACUGUUAAUGUUUCGACUGAAAACAUGGGUCUGACACAAAGUGAAUCCAUGGAAGUGAGAGCGGAGGUCCUCAACGACUCUGCGUUCGCCGUGACCCCCAGGUUUUACGUGUGCGAGAAGCAGACGUGUGUCACGCGUUCCCAGAGGACGGUGGUGCACGUCAGUCACGUCGAGUUUGGGACCGGGGGUUGCGCUGUCCCUGCGGCUAGCGCCACGACAAUAGCGAGGGUGCUGACCGCCCCGCCACAACUCCACCCCACCUUCUUCAACUGCUCCAUGAUGAGACUUGAGUACCGGCUGAAGGUCAUGCUUGAGUUUGCGCAGGCAAGAAACGCUGAGAUCAAGCUUCCUUUGAUCAUCCUGCGAGGUUACACAAGACCACUGGAGCAGAAAACCAAGAAAUCACAACGCUUCAAGUCACUUCCUGGUCGAAGUCCACUUCCUUCCUGUACAAACUGAGCUGCUUAGAUGAAUACAAUGUUUGUUGUUUAAUAUUGACUCAAAUAGUUUUCAUUCUUUCUAUCUGUGUGUGUUUGUGCGUGUCUGUUGUGUGUGUGUGUGUGUGUGUGUGUGUGUGUGUGUGUGUGUGUGUGUGUGUGUGUGUGUGUGUUUGUCCUUUUGUGUGUGUGUUGCGUGUGUGUGUGUGUGUGUGUGUGUGUGUGUGUGUGUGUGUCGUGUGUCUCUCGACACAACUUUCAAUUGUUUUCCUGCAUUGUGCCCAUUCAUUCACUAGAGGGAGACAUUUGCCACAUUUUAGAGUUGUAGGGUAGGACGUAAGUAAACUCACUGAGUUGUCUCGAUGUCCGCUAUUUUGACAAUAUUGUCAUCAAUCUUGGCCAAAAAUCUAGUGUGUGGUAGAAUAUCCUCCAUGACCCUUUGAAGUAAUACGGUGUGUCAUGUCUAGGACAGACAAAAACGAACUAUUCAUGUGACAUUCAUGCAAUUAAAUAUAAAAUGAUAAAACAGUUUUGAAA